AUGAAUUGCAUCACCGAUGAAGAAACUUUUGCAAAGCAACAACUAAGAACACGUAGUGAGGAAGAAGCGAGUAUUCUGGGAUUAGGUUGGUCAAAGAAUAAGGACGAGAUAAAGGUCAUAGUUCCUUCAACUGUAGCUACUACAACAAAACGAGGAAUUUUAAGCAAACUGGCUCAGAUCUACGAUCCACUAGGGCUACUGUCGCCAAGAACGUUGCAGGGAAAAUUAAUAUAUCGUGAAGUGUGUGAGAUGAAAUUACCGUGGGAUGUACCAUUAUCCGACGAACAAAGGACUAAAUGGACGAACUGGGAAAAACAGUUGCCAAACAAUAUUGCUGUACCUCGUUCAAUCCCCACCUUCCAAGAAGAGAUCGACUCAAUAUCGCUGCAUGCGUUUGGAGACGCGAGCGGGAAAGGAGUGGCAGCAGUUGUUUAUGCUGUUGUCAAGCAAUCCGCUGGUUCAACACAAGGCAUCAUAACAGCAAAGGCCAGAUUAGCCAAACAAGGAAUAACAAUCCCCAGGUUGGAGUUGGUCUCAGCGCACAUGGCUUGUAACAUUGUGGACAAUGUGCGGAAGGUCCUAAGUGAAUUCCCAGUGGAAGGAACGUAUGCCCGACUCGACAGUGCUGUGGCACUGCACUGGAUCAAAGGAGGAGGAGAAUACAAACAGUUUGUGGCCAACAGAGUCCAAAAGAUCCAGUCCAAACAGGGUAUCGAAUGGCGAUAUGUACCAAGCGAUCGAAAUCCUGCUGAUGUGGGAAGUCGAGGUGGCACGGUGAAAGAAAACAAGUUGUGGCUGAAUGGACUACACUGGCUCCAAAACAUCAAUGAGUGGCCACAAGACAUUGUAUCUCAAUCGACCAAAGAGAGUGAGAAGGAAGCAAAGGUCAUAAAAACAGUACUGGGCGUACAAAUGGACAACUCGGAUUGUUUUGAUUGCAUCCUCGAGAAGUUUUCGUCUCUGAGGAAAGUUAUGAGAGUGUGUGCUUGGAUAAAGAGGUUUAUCACAAAUACCAGACGUGUGAACUGCCGAGUAGUUGGACCAUUAACAACUGAUGAGAUUGAACGACAGUAUAAAUUCUGGGAGAGAAGAGUGCAGCAAAGUUGCGAUUGUUUAGACGACAAAGGUCGACUUAAUCUUCAAGAGGAUCACGAUGGUAUCAUGGAAUGCAAAGGGCGGAUUCAUGGGCAUUAUCCCGUAUACCUAUAA